AGGUGAUCAUAGGACGAAAGGGUUUCCACUGAACCUCUCAUAGAAUCAUUUGUACGGCCCGGAUCGAUCAGCCGAGUGACUCUCAACUUCUUUCCGUUUCUUCACUAUCUCAGGAAAAGCCAACAAAUAAAAGAAAGGGAGAAAUAAAGAAAAGGAGCCUUGCGGAGCAACUGAACUGAAGAGAUAUCGAAAUGAAUGAGGUAAGUCUCAGUAGGCAUCAUAACUCGGUCGCUAUUCCUUUUGGUUCUGCUCGUGUCUCCUUUCACUGCCUGUGGCUUGUAUUUACCUCUGGCUUCUCAUCCCUUCUCAAUGCAGUAAAUUUGUUGAUCGACAGCUGCUACCAAACACGUCCGAUCCAUUCUCAACCCCGCCAAAGUCCCAUUUUUCGAGACCAAACGACCACAACGCACAAUCAGACUAUGCAGGGAGGGAAGAGAAACAGGAGUAGCAGGCAGAUUGAGAAGAAAAGGGCCCUGACUAACCAUCGGGAUUAUAGGAAGCUGACCCCAUAGUUUCCCCAACAGGUAACAGGAAAGCGACCAGUAUCGGUCGGGCCGAUUGAACUCGGGCGGCUUAAAGACCUCGAGUAUAAGGGGAGGCCUAGUAGGAAUGUGAGAGAGUGGGUUUGCGA